GCAGGUAAACUAAUUAUGAAGGCACGCACAGGGCCCACUGGGAGAACGCCGAUUCAGGGGAGUAUGUGGCCGCUGCCAUUUGGGGAACUGGCACGCUGGUCUGGGUUCUAGUUGCGCAAUUUAUGUGGGAACGAGCGAAUGUUUUCCUCAUUUAGACGACCAACCACCAAAAGUGUCAUAAGUAAUCACAGCUUUCCAGCCGUAACUUAUAAGAAAGCUGAACGAUUCAAAGGGAAACGGGACAUCAUACGACCGACUGACAAGGAUUUAAUUUCCUAUCUUCUAGCGAGGUGCUCUUCCUUUUGGAAAGUGUGGUGAUAACACCACUGCUACCAAUAAUAGGCCCUUACAUAUCAGUGCUAAAACAAACUUUUUCCAAUGGGGAAUUGAUCUUGCUAGUAAUCUUAAAGUUAUGCAGUGCAAACUUCAGCAUAUCGCAGUAGAGAUUCCCAAUACCACCUCUACUAUGUUGGAAAACGCAAUUUUUUCAAGAGUGUGCGCAAGAGUGUCAGCGCUCCGUCUCACCUUAACGUUCACGGUUAUGAAACCUUAAUGUCAACGUCCAAUACUUGGUACGCUUUUUUCCACUUAGAUCAACGUCCAAAUAGCACAGCACAGCACAGCACAGCACAGCGAGUAAUCAUAAAAAGAGCCAUAUAGUUAGUAUGCACCUCCACUUCCUCUGGCAAGCAUAACCAUGACUGCUAACAUUUUCGUAGCCUCUUUUUUCCUCCUCUUCACUUUCCUCCCUUCCCCUCUUUAAGCCGUCAACAUGAAUCAGACGCAGGCUCUAAUAACGGACACCAAUAAGACUCCUUUAGUGCAGAUAUUUGUAUGGCUUCCGCUUGCUACCUCCUUUAUGGGGGUAUGUGCACGCCUGGGCACGAAGUUGGCCAUCCUCAAAAAGCUUGAGUGGCAAGAUCAUUUGAUAACAAUAUCGCUGGUAUGUCAGGCAAUUGUUUAUAAUGGCUAAAUGUUUUUUAACAGUCGAUUUGUAGUUGUUUUCUAUCGGUCAGUCGGCGGCGGUGGUAAUUGCUUGUGAAAAUGGCUUUGGCCAAUUACUUGGGACAAUGAGUGAUGGCCAACUAGAGGCACUUCAAAAAGUAACUAAUCGCAUUCCAACACCACAUGGAUACACAAUACUCACUGAUAGUUUUGUAGGCGGAAUACUCAGCGAGUCUACUUUAUAUUACCAGCCUGUAUUUUGCAAAAAUGUCUAUAGUCAUGUUCAUCAGUGACUUUACACCUAUCACAGCUGAAAGAAUGGCGACGAAGAUUCUGGGGUUUGUGAUAUCUCUGUGGGCGAUUAGCUCUAUUUUUGCCGUUGCCUUUCAAUGUCGGUUUCCGAAAGUGUGGGAUAACAUCUAUGGUGAUUGCUUUGACCAAGUCAGUAUCUUCUGCAUUCGCAUUCAAGCCCUUGCUGACUUUUCUUCCGGGAAGACAGCUUUUUGGAAUUACAAUGCUAUCGUUAAUAUUAUAACGGAUGCCAGUUUGGUCUCGCUUAUAACUUUUAUAGCAUUACAUAUUCGCACCACCUGGAGUAGAAAACUCACAUUGAUCUGCAUUUUCGGUAGUCGUAUCUGGUGAGCAGCAUAAGUACCAAUCCCGGAUUGAAUGUUCAGCUAACUAACCGGAUUUAGUGUUGUUGCCGCAGUAUCUUGUCAGCUAUAUUAUUCGAACGAGGAGAUGCUUGAUCCGACGUUCGAUCCGUGGACAACGACAAUAUGUAACCAGAUUGUUCAGUGCUUCAGUAUAGUCACAGCGUGUGUUCCGUAUCUGAAACCUUUCCUCGAUAGUCUGGAGUCGGGUAUGCUACGGACGGACGACUUGCGUCGACGAGGUGGCACAACUGUGGAAGGAUACCGCGACGUCAAUGUCAAUUCAUCUGAAGGGAGCAAACGAGCAAAGAUUGGAAGGAUGAUCAGUCAGAAAUUGAGCCUGACAAGUCGAGACGAUGAGGACGAUCAGGAAUUAGCGGACUUUGUGCCGCCUCGUCCAGCUAGUCAAUCGGAUGCAAUAAUCGCAGUUGAUGAAGGAUUUAUGUGGGAUGGACAAAGCCAAACGAGCCAAUCUAGAAUCAUAAAAAAGACUCGAACGUGGAAAGUCGAUGUAAAUUAGCUGAAAUAUGAGGAGGGGUUCCCGCCACCACUAUCGUAUUACUGUAAUCCAUAAGCCACUAUCACACCAU